AUGUCGAUGGUGCUUUGGAUUUACGGGAUGGUCUUCGAGGGGGCACCUAGUCUCCUGUCUGUGUUGGCUACUGAGCUUUACGCUCUCAAAGUGGCUCUUGAGGGAGUGCUUGUGACUGAAAUUCGGCGUCUUCUUCUGGCGUUAUCCUUUUGUGUUCGUUUUGUCCUCCGUACUACCAACACUAUGGCUCAUUGUAUUGCACGUUAUAGUCUUCGAGCAGAGGAGCUUUGUUAUUGGUUAGGUGAUAGACCUCCCAGGCUUCUAGAUGACGUUAGGGAGGAUGGGUCUCAUUUUGUCUGA